AUGAUAGUAAAUGAGAAAACAGGAUCUUUUUCAAAUUUCACAGAGCAGCAACUGGAACAGCAGGAACAAGAUGCAGAUGAUAAAUUAGAAGAAGGUGGUGGUAAAGUAAGGGAAGGGGAUAAAAAGAAAAAACCUUGGAAUGAAGAAGAAAUGUUGAUACUUUUGAAUUACAUAAAAAUCUAUUAUGAAAUGUUUAAAGUAAAUAGAUCAUUAUUUUGUCGAAAAAUACAUAAAGAGAAGGUUAUCAAGGCAAGAAGUAUUGCUGCAAUUCAAAGAAAAAUUCAAAUUGUGCUCAAAAAAUAUGAUGACAAGGAAUAUAAUUGGAAAUGUAAAGAUCAAAAAAAGAUUGGUAAUGAUGAGGUAGAGAUGGUAGGAGUGCAGGUUGUUUUAGAUGUUGAUAAUCAAAAAAGUGUUCAAGAACCUGAAGAAAGAGAUAAAAUUAACAUCCAAAAUAUCAAGAAUAAUAAUAAACGACAAUAUUUUGAUAGCAAUAAUGAUCCUGCUUUAAUCAGUAACAAGUCUAAGAGUAAAAAAAACAAUUUACCAGCAAAAGUAAUUGCAAAGGCAAUCAGAGAAUUAGCAAUAAGUAAAGAAAGGAUUUGGAGAGAGAAGUUAAGAUUGGAAAGUGAGAGAAGUGAUAAAAUUUAUGAGAUACAAAAAAGAAAAAAUGAAGUAGUGAAACUUAAAUUGGAUUUUGAAAUAGAACAAUUUCAACUGGCAAAUAAUAUUAAAUUUAAAGAAUUGGAGUUGCAACAAAUGCAUUUACAACAAAAACAUCAUCGUUAA